AUAGAACUAAGAGGACCAACUAUCCCUACAAUAAUAAUAUAACAACAUAAUGUCUUUAACAUCAAAGGAAGCAUUCGCCAAGCUUCCCCAAAAGCUCCACAACUUCUUUAUAAAAUUUCCUCCAAGACCUUUUGUGGAAUAUAGUAAUAAAUCAACCAUAACAACUGAUCCAAAACUAAAUCCAUUCUUACCUAAUAAAAAUCCUGAAAGUGGUAGAUGGCAUGGAGCUAAAAUCUCAUUAAGAAGAUCAUCUGAUUUAUAUAAAAUGGCCAGAAAGUUUGGUAUUCAAGAUUUAUUACCACCAUUACCAAAGAAAUUCUAUGAAGAGAAAUAUAAUAAUAAGAACUGGAUGAGAGGUGUAUUACAACAAAAGAAACAUAAAUGGGAAAGAGAAUUACCACAGAAAUUGGAAGCCAGAAAGGAAGCUCUUGCCAAUAUGGAUGAAAUCAUUGUUAAAGCCAGACCAUCUUAUAAGAAACAAAUUGAAAAGAGAGAAGCUCGUAAAAAGAACUGGUUUUGAAUUAAUUAAAUUAAUCAUGAUUCAUCAUUCUGCAUUUUUACCUACUCUGUAAAUAGAUUCACCAUA